CACACACAGUCCUGACUUUUCUUCUACUUGUUUCAUCCUCUUCUAUUUUUUUCCACAUCCAAUGCGCGGCGACUCGCUCGAUGAGCGGCUCGACUAUUACUAUGAGUUUGUCUCGCAAACCGUGCUGUCUCAGCAGGACCCCGUGAGCGGCCUGUUCCCGACCUGCCGUGCGUGGCCUGCGCACACGUCGCCCCACCAGCGCUGGUUUGUGCAGCAGCGAGCUCAACUCGCCCAGCAGCAGCAGCAGCAGCAGCAGCAGCAGCAGCAGCAGCAGCAGCAGCAGCAGCAGCAGAUUGCGACUCCGCAACCAGCAACCGCCGACGAUCCAACAACCGCCCCAGGAGCAGGAGCAGCAGCAGCAGCAGCAGCAGCAACAACAACAACACCAGCAACAGCAGCCCACCACGCGCAGCUGCACUUGGACACGACGAUCGCGGCGGCAGAGAACGAGCACGCGCAGUACCAGCGGCUGCUCGAUGCGGACGCGGCGGUCGAGGUGAGCCAGGACGCCUGGGUGCGCGACACCGUGUACACUUCCAUGUGCAUCUGGGGCCUUGCGAUUGCGAUGCGGAAGCGGCACGACGAAGGGACGCGGGCCCGGGCGUACGAGCUCGAGCAGUCUGCCGUCAAGGUGAUGCGCGGCCUGCUGUUUGCCAUGAUGCGCCAGGCCGACAAGGUCGAGCGAUUCAAGCAUAGCCAGUCUGCAAUGGACGCGCUCCAUGCAAAGUACAACCUGCACAGCGGCGCGUCGGUCGUCAAGGACGCAGAGUGGGGUCAUCUCCAGAUUGAUGCCACUUCGCUGUACAUCCUGACGCUGGCACAGAUGACCACCGCGGGCUGCCACAUCAUCUACACGCUGGACGAAGUCGCGUUCAUCCAGAACCUCGUCUACUACAUCCAGGCCGCCUACCGCACGCCAGACUAUGGCAUCUGGGAGCGCGGCGACAAGACUAACCACGGCUUGCCAGAGCUCAACGCCAGCUCCAUUGGCAUGUCCAAGGCCGCCCUCGAAGCCAUCAACAAUGUCGACUUGUUUGGAUCGAGUGGAGGCCCCAACUCGGUCAUCCAUGUGCUGCCGGACGAAAUCAGACGAAGCAACGCAUCGCUUUCUUCACUGCUGCCGCGCGAGUCCAUCUCGAAGGAAGUGGACGCUUCGCUGCUGAGCGUGAUUAGCUUUCCCGCGUUCGCCGUGGAAGACGAGCGUCUGUCCGAGCUCACCCGCAGCCGCAUCAUUCGCAAGCUGAAAGGCAGGUACGGAUGCAAGCGCUUUUUGCGCGAUGGCUACCGAACGGUGGUCGAAGACACGCAACGCCUCCACUACGAUCCGGCCGAGCUCAAAGUGUUUGAGAACAUUGAGUGCGAGUGGCCAGUGUUUUUCGUCUACCUGAUCCUGGACGGCAUUAUUUGUGGCAACACGCGACAAGUGCAAGAGUACAAGGCGCUCCUCCAGCCGUUGUUGAUAUACGACGACAACGGCUUCCCCCUUGUGCCCGAGCUCUUCUACGUUCCUUCCGACCGCGUGGAAGCAGAGCGAGCACAGCCUCACUCCCAAACCCGGCUCCCGAGUGCAAAGCUGCCUCUGAACUGGGCGCAGUCACUCUUCAUUCUGGGGUGCCUUCUCGAUGAAGGGCUUCUUGCGAUUGGUGAGAUCGACCCGCUCCAUCGCCGGCAUUCAACCGUUCCGCGCCCGGACUUGGUGGUGCAAGUGGCUCUCGUUUCCGCAGACCAAGAAACGCAGCGCAUUCUUGAAAGUUUUGAAAUUGAAUCGCAACUUCCCCAUGAAGUCCCUCUGCAAAUCAUCAAGGCGCACGACUUGAACGAGGCUUACAGCGACAUGGGUCGCUGCGAUGCGCUGGGCCUCACAGGCCGUCUGCAGGAAAGCAUGGGCUCGCUCAGCACCAGCAAAGUGUAUGCCAUUCGCGAUCGACUCUACGUGUUUACACCGCAGUUUUCCGAGCACAACAGCUUUUACAUGUCCUUGGACGACGUGUAUAUUGUCGAGGAAAUCAAGGCCUAUUUGUCGUAUCUCCGUGCCAACUGGCGACUGGUGGGGCGUCCCACAAUGACGCUUCUUCUCGAACGCAGUGCACUUGGCGACCAUCCAAGCCCGACGAGCGCGUCCAUCAGCCUCUUUCGCAGCCUGCAAACCGGCACCUGCGAAGGUGUGCGUGCUCGUCUGGCGCCUUUGUCGCAGCUUCUCACCACGUCGUGCGUCGAGCGCCUAGGCUUCUUGGACGACUCUGCGUUUGAAUUUUCGCCGCGCUCUAUCGUGCAGCGAGCAAUCCCGCGGCUAAAGUUUGAUCUCGAAGAGACGCGCAGGCUGUUCAAUGUCGAUUUAGUCGAUUCUUCCGAACGACGCGAAAACUCUCAACGGACCAGCGUGACGGGUGUGAUGCUCCGCAGUCGCCGUGUACAAACGCAAGAGCCAAGCUCACAGGCUGGCGUUGACGACGAUCGCAUUCUGCAAGAGCUGCGACAGUCCAGCACGCUGCAAGAUCAGAUUGACAUUUUACACCAUCUGGCAGUCAAACACGGUUUGCAGUUUGACACGCGGCUGCUUGAUGCCGAUCAGGCUGCUGGCCCACUGACAACGGCGGCGGCUGCAGCUGCCGCAACUGCCAGUCCUGGCAUGUCCACGCUGGCCGCAAGCGCCUUGUCACCCAUCACUGUCGAGAAGCUUCUUCAGGAAGUCUACGAGCGAGCUGGCCAAAUGAAGCUGUGGUCGAUUGUCCGUCAUGCCGCCGGUCUGCUCCGCAAGCGCGUCGACACUCUUGCCCAAGCCGUCACACAGCUGUUGCUGCGACAAAAGCAUGUUUCGGUGGGCGUUGCGCCGACGGAGCAGUUCAUUCCCGCGCCGCUGCCACCGGAAGACAUCAACAAGAUGAUCCACAGCUCAUGCGGCCACAAUGUCAGCAUGGCCGUGCUGACGCAGGAGAUUCUCUUGUAUCUCAACAUGUUCAUUCGAACCGAGCCCGUCCUUUUCAGCGAAAUUUUGCGAUUGCGCGUUGGUCUGAUUAUCCGCGUGAUGGCUUUGGAGCUGUCUGCGGGCAAUCCUGGUGUCAAUGCCGACGAGCAAGACUUUGAGCGGCUGAUGCGCCUGUCUCCCUUUGAAGUGAAGCAGUUGCUGCAUCAGAUCUUGAGCGGCAGCGAACCAUUCCGUGCUCAGCAGCAGCAGGCGUCACAAGCUUCCUCCUCUGCUGCUGCUGCUACUGCUGCUGCCGAUGGACUCGUGCGGCCGUUGCAAAACCAGAUUUCGGAGAAUGCGCCAGGAGCCAGCUCGGGCUUUGCAAGUCGCCAAGACUCGGAAUUGCCCAGCCAUCCAGGCCAGCACGCCGAUCUCGAAAUCGAGGCGCUGAUUGCUAUGAACCAAGAGUCGAGCGCUGGUAGCACUGGCCCCGUCAAUCAACGCGGACAGUGGAUCCGUCGCCGCCGGAUUGACGGCACGUUGAACCGAGUCCCGGUCAAGUUCUACCCGAAGGUGUGGCGCGUGCUGGAGCGCUGCACGGCCAUCGAGACCCAUGGCUAUGUGCUCCCGCACCACCCUACCGUGCAGGAAAUGACACCGGGCGAGCUCAAGUUUGCCUUGCGCGUCGAAUCCAUGCUCAGCAGCAUUUCCUUGCCAGAAUACCGCCAAAUAGUUGUGGAGACGCUGAUGAUUGUGUCGCUCGUGGUCGAAAAGCUGCUCAACUGGCGCCUCGAAGAUUUUAUUCACGUUGACCGCGUGAUCGACAAGGCAGUGGAUCUCUUUGCCAUCGAGCUGAACGACCGCCGCCACAAGGUCUAUUUGCGCCACUACGAGCUCAAGCAACUUCCCUUCAUCCCUCCCGCCUCACUGACCACCACUCAACUCCGCGAGGCCUUUUACGACUCUGCGCCCAGCGGUCGCUACGGCACCAUGACGUAUCUCGCCAAGGCUGUUCGCGAAAUGUACAGCCACUCUUUCGAGAGCUCUAAUUGCGUCACUUCUUGAAGCGCGCGAGUUGCGAAUGGUGUUUUGUUGUUGUUGCCGUUGUUGUGAAUGCUGUUGUUGUUGCUGUUGUUGUUGAUGAUGUUCAGAAUUUGAUUGUGGUGUUCUUUCCUUGUCUGUUUGUUUGAUUGCUUGUUUGGCUGUUGCCACUUCUUGUCUGGCUGUCUGUGCUGCCACGGAUGAAAAUCAGAUGGAAAAUCCUGAAAAUCGCAAUUUUCAAC